GAGGCGCGCCGCCGCCCGCCCGCCCGCCCGCCGCGUCCUCCGCCGCUGCUAGCGCCCGGCCCCCGGUCGCCCGUCGCGCUCGGCCCCGAGGGCAUGCGGCAGCAGCAGCGGUCCCGGUUCCCGGGCUCGGCGGUGCGGGCGAGCGUGAGCGGAUGUUCAGUUCUUCUCCACAAUGAAUGAGUGUUACUAUGAUAAGCGGAUGGACUUUUUUUAUAAUAGGAGCAACACUGACACUGCUGAUGAGUGGACAGGAACGAAGCUUGUAAUUGUUUUGUGUGUUGGAACAUUUUUCUGCCUGUUUAUCUUUUUUUCUAAUUCUCUAGUCAUCGCAGCAGUGAUCAAAAACAGAAAGUUUCAUUUCCCCUUCUACUACCUGUUGGCUAACCUAGCUGCUGCAGACUUCUUUGCUGGAAUUGCCUAUGUGUACCUGAUGUUUAACACUGGCCCAGUUUCAAAAACUCUGACUGUCAACCGGUGGUUUCUCCGCCAGGGACUUCUGGACGCUAGCUUAACAGCCUCCCUGACCAAUUUGUUGGUUAUUGCCGUGGAAAGGCACAUGUCAAUCAUGAGGAUGCGGGUCCACAGCAACCUGACCAAAAAGAGGGUGACUCUGCUCAUCUUGUUCGUCUGGGCCAUCGCCAUCUUUAUGGGGGCUGUCCCCACGCUGGGCUGGAAUUGCCUCUGUGACAUCUCUGCCUGCUCUUCCCUGGCCCCCAUUUAUAGCAGGAGUUACCUCAUUUUCUGGACUGUGUCCAACCUCAUGGCCUUCUUCAUUAUGGUUGUGGUAUACCUGCGGAUCUACAUGUACGUAAAGAGGAAAACCAACGUCUUGUCUCCGCAUACGAGUGGGUCCAUCAGCCGCCGGAGGACACCCAUGAAGCUAAUGAAGACGGUGAUGACUGUCUUAGGGGCCUUCGUCGUGUGCUGGACGCCCGGCCUGGUGGUUCUGCUGCUCGACGGCUUGAACUGCACGCGGUGCAACGUGCAGCACGUGAAAAGGUGGUUCCUGCUGCUGGCGCUGCUCAACUCCGUCAUGAACCCCAUCAUCUACUCCUACAAGGAUGAGGACAUGUACAGCACCAUGAAGAGGAUGCUCUGCUGCUUCUCGCAAGAGAAGAACCCGGAGAGGCGGCCUUCCCGCCUCCCUUCCAUGGUCCUCAGCCGGAGCGACACGGGGGGCAGCCAGUAUAUGGAGGAUAACAACCGAGGCCCCGUCUGCAACAAAAGCAGCUCGUAGGCUGCGACGCCCCUCCGCCCACCCCGGCCUCCUAGGGGAGAAGAGGUAUUCGGAAUGGUUACCUGCCUCCAACAAAGCCUGCGUACAGUGUUAUUUGAGCGCUUAAUGAAUCAUUGGGAAGUUUGUUUUAAAAAUUGUUUUACGUCAAGUAAAAGCACGGGCAGAAGAGAGAGGACACGUGCAUUUAGAGAGAAUGCACAGAAAGAGGGACGGCAGCACAAUGGAUCCCCACCUGAGGCCCCGUGGCCUUCUCGGAGCACCGCCACCGCCCACCAGGCUGUGCGUUCUGGUCUCUGCCGCCAUCUUGUAGGCAUUCUCUCUUGUUUUCAAAGGAUGUUGUUAAAGGGCUUAGGCCAAAAUAAAUAAAAACGUUACUUGAGCCACUAUCCGUAGCUGCUUGGAAAGCGUAUGUAGUUCUUUCUGCAUGCAUUUGAAAUUUUAAAAAAUGCUUCAGCAGUGAUAUUUUUCUCCUCAAGCAAACCAUGGCCAGUAGCUAGGUGUUCAAUAGAAAUCUCAAAGUAAGACGUCAGUCAGGGCUCCAGAUUAAUUAACUUGAUCUUUAACUGAAAGGACAGUCUGAGGAAAAAAAGAUUUACUUCAAUAACAAAAAAGGUAAACACGAAAAGCUCUACUUGCAGCGAAAAAAGAGGCCUUGAUAUCGUCCUCUCAGUGUGCAUGCUUGUGUAUCCACACCUGCAUAUUGACACACUUCAAAUUUGUAUUGAAAGACAUCACAGGUAGUGAUGGUGAAAUAAAUUCACUGGCCACCUAGACUUUUCAGUCUAGGACUAAUAGCUGUAGAAAUGACCUCUUAUGCUCUCUAAUAGCAAGGGGUGAUUUAUUUGAAAACAGACAUUCAGCAGGGUGAAAAGUCUAUUAGCAUUCGGGCUGAGUUCCUUGCAUGUAGGAUCGAAUAUGAGCUCAAUUGAGUCAGUCUAUCCAGUUUCCUCCAUACCCUGGUAAGUUGUCAGAUUUAAUAUAUAGAGUCAUUUUCACAUCUCAUAUUUUACCUACAAUUAUUGACAUAUUUCCAGUACUUGUUUUACUUAUGGACUGCAUUUUUAUUUGGGUUCUAUUUAAAAUUUUUCUCCUUCCAAGACCUAAGUAACAUGAAAGGCAAGUCAGUAAGAAAAGCUUUAUGCAUGUAGGCUACUGGCCAGAGUUUUCUAUGUAAAGCAUGUAGAUUAUAUUCUGAUUUUAACAUAAGAAUAACUUCAAAGCAGAUAUUAUAGUAUUUAUGUAGUUUGCAAAAGAAGUUUACAUUUUUUUUUUUUGCUAUUGUGAUGUAACAUUUUUGUGCAAGAACUACUUGUAAUAAAAGAAUUUGAGAAGUCAUGCUUUUAGAUAUAAUGACCUAAAAUAGAGAGUAGUAUGAUUUGAAGGUAUAGAUUUCACAAACUGUGUAGUAAGUGGAUCUAUCUGAAGCUUAUACCAAAGCUAUCUAUAAAAUAAAAUAAAAAGAGAAUCUGUUUUCUCUUGUU